GUUAUCGUAACCUUUUAAAACAUGUUUUUGCUUAUUGUAAGAAAUAAAUCAUCCAUCGUAAAACCUCUGCUUCGUAGGACACUUACAAAUUUUGUCGAAAGGGGUUUAUCAUCCAACAGAAAUGAAAAUCAUUACGAUAUUAUUAUCACCGGUGGUGGAAUGAUUGGCACAACAUUAGCAUGUACCUUGGGCAAAAAUGCAAAAUUGGCAAAUAAACACAUACUGUUGUUGGAAGCUGGUAAACAAAAAGUGUGGUCCCUUCCAGAGAAAUAUAGUAAUAGGGUAGUAUCUAUAAAUCCAGGAACUUAUAAAUUACUAAAUUACAUCGGUGCAUGGAAACACAUCGAAGCUAGUCGAUAUGCAGCUGUUAAAAGACUGCAGGUUUGGGAUGCUGUAUCAGAUGCUUCAAUUACAUUUGGUGAAGAAGAAAAUACUGAUAACGUCUCAUAUAUUGUAGAAAAUGAUUUAUUAAUAGCGGCUGUAAAUGAAGAAGUAAAAACAGUUGAUAAAGUUAAGAUUCAAUAUAAUGCCAGGGUAAAGGACUAUCAUUUACCGGAGUACCACGAAAAUGUCACACAAAUUACUUUAGAUAAUGGUGAUACGUACACCUGCGAACUGUUGUAGUAUAUUCAUGACACGCUGAUGAAUUGUGAGUUGCAUAAAC